AUGCAGAGUUCAGAGUUGACUCCAAAGAAGGAAAUUUCUAAAAGGUCAGAAUCAUCGAAUGGGACAUCAGGAGGAUCCUGUGUGGUGGUUCCUGAGGGAUCAGAAGCAUAGGCCUGUAAAGAUACUUCAGAGGAACUAAAAGGUCAACCCUCACAUGGAGAAGGAGGUAAAUUGGAAAGUGAUUUCUUGGGAGUAAUAAACAAGGAAUAGAAGAAAUGCAGUAAAGACAGGUGGGAUAAAUACUCUGAAGUCGGAGAAUAUCCUAUGUGUAUCUCUCAACUUGUUGAUCAUGAGCGAAUUCAUACUGGAGAAAAACCUUUUGAAUGUAAUGAAUGUGGUAAGGCAUUCAGUCUCAGUAAAUGUCUUAUUCGACAUCAGAGACUUCACACAGGUGAAAAGCCCUAUAAAUGCAACGAGUGUGGAAAAUCCUUCAAUCAGAACUCAUACCUCAUUAUACACCAGAGAAUUCACACUGGUGAGAAGCCUUAUGAAUGUAAUGAGUGUGGGAAGGUCUUUAGUCAUAAUUCCAGCCUUAUGGUUCAUCAAAGAACCCAUACUGGGGAGAAACCCUAUAAAUGCAAUGAUUGUGGGAAAGCUUUUAGUGACAGCUCACAGCUCACUGUGCAUCAGAGAGUUCACACUGGAGAGAAGCCCUACGAGUGUAUUGAGUGUGGGAAAGCCUUUAGUCAGCGUUCCACUUUCAAUCACCACCAGCGAACUCACACUGGAGAGAAGCACUCAGUUCUGGCUCGCUCAGUUAGUUAA